UCAUGGCAGUUAAAUGGUGCUACUCGGUGCGGUUUGCCACUUAGUCGUUCGCGAAAUUCGAACUACUUUGCAGGUGAUCUCGGGAAAAUGCGACUAAUCGAUUUUGGUGGUGUCUGUCUUUGGACAGUUCUGCUGCUCAGCGCAGGUUUGCACACUGUGUUCGCCCAGUUGACGAAUGUCUGCCAGAAUCAGGAGGAUGGCACGAGACUUCCGUUGGCCACCCACUGUUCCCGAUUUGUGCUCUGCCUGAAGGGAGAGGUUUCCAUUAUCGGCAGCUGCCCUCGGGGACUCCACUUCAAUCGGGAGCUGAGGGAGUGCGACUUCCAGUGGCGAGCCAAUUGCUUGGGACUCUCGGCUUUUGCCGGAGUGGAUGAUCAGUGCACCUGCGAUUGCUGUGCCGAGGAGUGCCAAGAUCCCAUCGACGAUGUCGAUGAACCCACCACGGCCGUCACCGAGGACUGCGAUCCGGAUACGCCCACUUCAGUCACGAAUCCCUCGGAUUCCACGGAGCCGACGGAUGCAACAACAUAUGACGAUAGCAACAACUCCUCCAAUACCACGCCUUCGAGUCCAGGUGUGGUGCCCACGUAUUGCAAGAGUUCUCGCACGGAUUGCGUAAAUCAGGAAACUGGCACCUACAUAGAUAUGCCCGGAAUCUGCGUGAGGUUUAUCCAAUGCAACAGUGGUUGUGCCGAGGAACUCCAGUGUCCUUCCGGCUUGUACUUCAACAAGAAGAUAGACGAUUGCGACUACUGGUGGAACGUGGACUGCACUCCCACCGCCGAUGGUUCCACUGAGAUCGAGGGCCCAUCGGGAACCAGCUGCUCUAGUCAGGGCAGGUGCGCUGGUCAGAGGGAUGGCCACAUGAUCGAGGACCCCGAUACGAAUGGAUACUUCGUCUGCCAAUGCCAGUGCCCCAUUGCGAUGCCCUGUUCCGAGGGUCUGAAGUUCAACGAGACUGCCCAAGUGUGUGAUUGGAUUAAGGACACUAGUACCGCAAUUGGUUCCUCGACGGUUGAAUGUUACGGUGACCUCGUCUACAAUGCCACCUCGGAUCAGUGCGACUAUCCGGAGAACUAUGUGCCCAAGGUGGACUGCAAUACCACCAGCACCGUGUGCCAAAAUCAGCAGGAGGGCGAACUCUUUCCGGUGGAAGGCAAGUGCAACAUGUUCUACAAGUGUAACUUCAACUGUGCCGUGGAGCAGUAUUGCCCGAACAACUUGGUCUACAACCCCAAUACCGAAGAAUGCGAAUAUCCACAGGACUACGAUUGCCCGUGGGAGUAUACCCCGCCCUCUGGUCCCAACGCAGGACCUUCGGGAAUCGCCUGCGAGAGUAAUGGCCGUUGCUUGGGAGCACACGAGGGCACCUACUUCAAUUCCACCACAAAUUGUGGCCAGUACGUCGUCUGCCAGUGUGAGUGUGAGGUCGAGAUGGAGUGCCCCGAUGGCUUAUACUGGGAUCAAAAAUUGUUAACCUGCAAUUAUAAAGACCUAGUGGCAUGCACUCUUUAAGUGACCGAUUGCCGAAUAAAGAAAUUGAUUAUCAAAGCAACUAGGA